AUGUCCAAGGUGACAUCCAUAUCCUGGAGCAACAACACAACCAGGCUAGCCACCGUCGGAGCAGACAAAAUCGUUCAGCUCUUUGACGAGCAUGGUGAAAAGCAGGAUAGGUUCAGCACAAAGCCGGCUGACAAGGCUGCGAGAAUGUAUGCGGUGCGGACCAUCGAAUUCUCCCCAGACGGCACUAAGCUGGCCGUGGCACAGAGUGACAACAUCGUGUUCGUGUACAAGCUUGGAAGCGACUGGAAGGACAAGAAGUCCAUCUGCAACAAAUUCCAGCAGUCCUCGAGUGUCACGUGCCUCACCUGGCCUGCUGGACAUCCAAACGAGGUUGUGUUCGGUCUUGCCGAAGGCAAGGUGAAAGUCGGCCAGCUGAAGUCGAAUAAGGCUGCUACUCUCUACUCGACCGAUUCUUUCGUAGUCUCGAUGUGUGCCGGUCCGGAUGGAAACUCCAUUCUCAGUGGUCACCUGGAUGGUUCCAUCUACCGUUUCCACUUCGAGACGGAGACGGUUCCUCGGCCGACCACCACGAAGUUUGCCAUGGUGCCUCAGUGUGUGCCCUACGCCUUGUCCUGGGGCUACGCCGGCAUCUGCGCCGCGGGUAACGACCGCAUGGUGCGCUUCUGGGACUCGGAGGGCCGGGAAGGGCAGACCUUCGACUACAGCGGCGACCCGAAGAUCAAGGAGUUUACGGUCGCAGCCUUCAAUCCAUCCGGCGAGUCCGUGGUGCUGGGAAACUACAACCGCUUUCUAGUCUUUGCCUGGCAUCCGAAGAGGAGCGAAUGGGCGGAAGUUGUACAGCGAGAGGUGCCGAACCUCUACUCGGUCACUGCUCUUUCAUGGCGGGCAGACGGGUCUAGGCUCAUCGUUGGCGCUCUUUGUGGUGGCGUGGACAUGUUCGACGUGUGUAUUCGGCGAUCCCGUUAUCGCGACUCGCACGAGUUCACCUACGUCUCCCUGAGUCAGGUCAUCGUCAAGAGCCUGCGCUCCGGUGCUCGCAUCGUGCUCAAGAGCAACGUCGGUUUCGAGAUUAAGAAGAUCAACAUUUUCCAGGAGCGCUUCCUGGUGGCUCACACGCCGGAGAGCAUCUUGCUCGGAGACCUGCAGACCUGCAGGUUGUCCGAGAUUCCCUGGCACUCUAGCGGCAAUGAGAAAUUCGUUUUUGACAACCCGACCGUCUGCAUGAUUUUCAAGGCCGGUGAGCUAUCUGUCGUUGAAUAUGGCUGCAACGAGUUGCUGGCCUGUGCCCGGACAGAGUUCAUGUCUCCGCACCUCAUCAGCGUUCGGAUCAACGCCCCGGAAGAGAGUGAUGCCUAUGCUCCGGCGAUGGGGGAGCUGAAGGUCAUCGCAUAUUUGCUGGACCUGAUGACCAUCCGUGUUUGUGAUCUGGUUUCGAAUGCAACGUUGGCAAACAUCCAUCACGACACGAGGAUUGACUGGCUAGAACUGAACCCGAAUGGGGCAAAUCGUCUCAUCUUCCGGGACAAGCGGAGGCAGCUCUACCUCUUUGACAUUGAGCAGCAGAGCCGGGUGACCCUCCUGAACUACUGCAACUAUGUGCAGUGGGUUCCCGACAGCGACGUCGUCGUGGCUCAAAACAGAGGACAGCUCUGUGUCUGGUACUCCAUCAAUGCGCCCGACCGCGUAACGCUGCACGAGAUCAAGGGCGACAUCGAAGACAUCGAGCGAUCCAACGGCCGAACCUGCGUGAUCGUGGAUGAGGGCGUCAACAUGGUGGAGUACGAGCUGGACGAGGGCUUGAUCUCCUUCGGCUCCUGCUUGGAAAGGGGUCAAUACGCUAAGGCGGUGGACCUCUUGGAGGAGCUCCCGUUGACACCAGAGACCGAAGCCAUGUGGCGCUCACUGGCUGAUGCCUCUAUGGAGCACUUCAACUUGCCGGUAGCCGAACGCUGCUAUGCCGUUUUGGGCGAUGUAGCAAAGAGCCGAUACCUGCACAAGGUCAACCGGCUGAUUCAAGAUCAUGCUGCAGAGGUUGGUGGUGAUGGCUCCAACUACUACAUGGCCCAGGCGAAGAUGGCCAUGCUGGCAAAGCAGUUUCAACGCGCUGAAGCUAUUUUGCUGGAUCACAACGAACUCGAUGAAGCACUGGCCAUGUAUCAGGAGCUGCACAAGUACAACGAAUCCAUACAACUUGCAGAGCGAAAGAACCAUCCCAAGCUCAUGCACCUGAAGAACUACUACCUGCAAUGGUUGCUUUCCACACAGCAAGAGGAGAAGGCAGGCGAGCUUCAGGAGAUUGAUGGCGACUACGUCAGGGCUAUCGAACUGUACCUGCGCGGGGGUAUGGCUGCAAAGGCCGCAGCGGUGGUCCAGCGACACAAUGCGAACUACUCCCAGGAGCUGUUGCAGAAGAUCGUUGCCGGGCUUCAGGCAAGCGGAAUGCAUGACCGUGCUGGUGCCCUCUACGAGCGAAUGGGCCUGAUUCAGCCGGCCAUGGACGCGUACCGUCGGGGGCACGCCUACCGACAGGCCAUUGAGCUGGCGAAGCACUCCCAGCCUGGCCUGGUGGUGGCUCUGGAGGAGGAGUGGGGUGAUUGGUUGGUCUCGCAGCGGCAGGUAGAUGCCGCAAUCAAUCACUACAUCGAGGCAGGCUCAGCCCAGAAGGCAAUCGAUGCCGCCAUGACUGCGCGGCAGUGGCACAAAGCAGAGACACUGCUGGAUCAGGCAUCAAUGGGCGCAGAUCAAAGCUUUGCGCUGCCUUUCUACGAAAAGCUUGCCAUGCACUAUGCGCACUCUCGCCAGUUCGACCAAGCAGAACGUGCCUUCAUCAAGUCUGGCCGACCGCAGCGGGCUGUGCAGAUGUAUGUUGAGCACGCGCAGUACGAGAAAGCUCACCGUGUUGCCAAAGCACACCUCUCCCCUGCAGAGAGGACAGAGCUCUACAUUGCCCUGGCGCAGGGGCUGGAGCAGUCGGUGAAACUGCAAGAGGCUGAACAGAUGUACUUGGCCGUCAACGAGUUUGAUCUGGCCAUCAACAUGUACAAGAAGCGUGAGGAGUACGAGCAAAUGUUACGCCUGGUGUCCAAGUACCGCAAGGAGCUCUUGAAUGAUACCUACAAGCACAUUGCAGAGCAGUACGAGAUGAAGGGCAACCUCAAGAAAGCCGAACACUACUAUGUUGAGGCCAAGAUGUGGACCAGUGCCAUGUCCAUGUACCGCCAGCUCGAGAAGUGGGAAGAUGCGAAGCGGGUGGCCAAGGCUAACGGCGGCAAGCAGUCUUUCGAAAAGGUGGUCCUGGCUCAAGCUCACGCGACCUUCAAGGAACAUGGAGCCGAGGCCGGCGCACAGCUGCUUGCCAAGCACGGCCUCAUCGAGAUCGCCAUCGACUAUGCAGUGGAGCAUAGUAACUUCCAGCACGCUUUCGAGCUGGCGAAUCACUCUGCGAAGCACAAGCUUCCGGACAUUCACCUCAAGAAGGCAUUGGCUUUAGAGGAUGAUGAACAGUUCAAGCUGGCAGAGGAGGAGUUCAUCAAGGCGAAUAAGCCCAAGGAAGCCAUCGACAUGUACGUGCAUGGCCGCGACUGGGUUUCAGCCAUGCGUGUAGCAGAGGCAUACGAACGCGAGAGCGUGAAGGACGUCAUGGUCCACCAUGCCAAGGAUCUUGUCGACCAGAACAACAUGCAGGCCGCCGAGAACCUCUUCGUGCAGGCCGGCAAGCCAGAGUUGGCAGUGAAGGCAUAUUCCUCCAAGCGCAUGGUGAACGAAGCCGUGAGGGUCUGCAAGAAGCACUGCCCGCAGAUGUUGGGCGAUGUGGUCGACUCCUACGGUGAUGGGGCCGCUGCUCCAGGCGCAGCGCAGAGCCUGGACGAGAUCCUGGAUGCUGCCAAAAUCUACGAGGAGACUGGCAACUAUUCGCGUGCCAUCGACGCUUACCUGUCAGUGAGCGAAACGGCUUCUUCGGAGUCGGAUCGCUUGGAGGAGGCCGCCCACAGCAAGGCAUCGAUCUUCUAUGGAGCAGACGAGUAUCUUGAGGAGCUUAAGAAGAAAUACUCCCACGACCACGAAAUUGCUGCGCUCAAGAAUGCGUUGCCGGGCGAGGGAGAUCCUAAUGCGGCAGGCGUUGCCCAGAGCAGCGACAAGAUGCUCUCCGUUCAGAAGAACGACGAGAACAGGAGCUUGAAGACCAAUCGGCUCUUCCCGACUCCGAACAAGCCAGACCCGAUGCCGCAGAAUCUGGCCUUCUUGUUCACCAAGAUCACCCCGGUGCUUUGGCUGAAAGUGUGGAAUGUCCUUACCGCAAUUUUCUGCAGUCAAGUGCUGAUGGUGAUCGGCUACUGUGCAGCCUUGGCUACCUUCCCGGACUACUGGUGGACCUGCACGCUUUGCUUCGGCGUCCCGUUCUCGUACAUCGCCAUCCAGAACAUUUACAUCGAUCACGAUGUGAUGCAUGGCGCCACUUUCCCGGUUUACGAGUGGCAGCGCUUCUUGACACACCCCUUUGCCGACUUUGUCUCUCUCCCGUGGGAGGAGUUCGUGCUGGAGCACAACAGGCAUCAUGCCUCAACUGUGGACUUGCUGAUCCAGGGCGAGUUCGGCUGGGACCCUGAGGAGUUCCAUUACGCCCUGCAGCAGUGGGCCGGGCCAUGGAGCUCCAACUGGUACAAAUACCUGCUCACCGUUCCCUUUAUCCCUGUGAUCCACUUCUUUGGCCUGAACGACACCGGAUCCCUGUUCGCCUUGGAGUGGUGGAUGCACUUCCCCGACGAGGGUGCAGGUGGCAAGUGCAACAAGGAGUUCUGGAGCAAGUGGAUUCCCCGCCGAAUCAAGCACAAUGCCUUCGUGCUCUCCCUGUGGGCCUGCAUCUGGCUGCUUGGUACCUAUCCUCUGGGACGUCCGCUGAGCGAGGGGUGGCGGUUCAUGUUCACCGUGUCGUUCUUCGCUCGCAUCGGCUACUCCGCGGCCUGGAUGUUCAUCACCAACUUCACUCAUAGCUUGCCUUGGAACGAGUUCCUGGCACAGGAUCCUGGCCGCACCUGGCCUGUCCUUCAUAACGUGAUGGCCAUGGUUCUGGGAGGAAAGCACCGCUGGAACGAGAUGCUCUUCCACGACGUCCAUCACGCUUUUCCAAAUGCCGUUGGCACGCUGAGCCAGCGCGGUCGCUUCCAUGGCUGGGAGAAGGUUCAUGAUGCAGCGGCAGAAGUCCUGCACCGAGGGCUGUGGAAGCCCAAUGGUGAUGAGGAGACGCAGAUGCAGAAGACUCAGAAGAAGCGCUCCAUGAUGAUGCAGCAGGGCAGGCAAGUUCUCAGUCGCGCUUCGUUAGACUCGUUUCAGGAAGGAGCCUGGGUGGAGGCAGUAGUGCUCCUUUCGUACAUCUUGCUCAUGGAUGUUGUCGACUUGGUCUGGGAGAACGCGGUGCGCCUCUCCAUGAAGCACGCGCCGGAGCGCUACUCCGAGAUCGUGUCGAUUGUCUCGAAGAGGUUGAAGCUUAUCCAGCGCUUUGAGGCAGCUGCAGAGCUUUACGAAAGCAUCGACGCUUUCCGCGAAGCUGUGAACUGCUACAUCGCUGGCGAGGUUUGGGACAAAGCGCGGCAGCUGGCGCAGCAGCACUGCCCAGACAUGGUCCGUGUGGUGGAGGAUAGGUACAAGUCCGAUUUGGUUGGCAAAGGCGAUGGAGACGAGCUGAUUCGACGAACGGGAGACGUGGACAGCGCGCUGGACAUGUAUGCCCGCAAUGGAGACUGGACAAAGUGCCUGGCGCUGGCCGAGAAGCACAGCCCGAAGAUGCUGCCCCAUUACCUGGUGCAAUACUGCAAGGUUUUGGUCAACAGGCAGGAGGUCACGGAGGCCGCGCAGAUGCUGGUCCGCUAUGGCCCGCCGCCUGAGCAGUCCAACUUCCAGCUCUACAAGCACAUUCACACCGAGCUGCUGGCCAAGCCUGACGCAACGGGACCGCCGCUGGUGCGGGAGAUGCUGCUUCGUGUCACAAUGCCACCGGGCACCUUGGGAGCACCGCCUACUCCGAAGAUCCUCUCGGAAGAUCGCCGUCCCCAGGCGGAGUUUCUGAAGGCCCUCCUGACCGCACAUCUGCAGACGGUUCGGGAGAGGUUGCGGGAGAGGAACAUGGCCCCAGAGGUUGUGGCGAAGAUCAGUGUUGCACUUUGUCGAUACUGUGCAGAGUUCCCUUUAGAUCUCGCGUUCUACGACGCUGGUAUUGACUGCAAAAACGCAGGCAUGAUCAAUAUGUCCUUCUUCUUCCUGAACCGCUUCCUUGACAUCGCAGAUGCAAUCGAAGAUCCGGACAAUGCUGCGAUUGACAAUACGGACUUCAUGGAGACCGACAUUCCUUCACCCUAUGAUCUGGACCUCCCUGAGCAAGCUCACAUUUCCAACGACAAGGUCGAAGAGAUCCGCGAUUGGGUUUUGGGUUGGUCCAUGGACCAAAACGUCCAGCAGAAGAUGGACCUGCGGCCAUGCGACAAGUGUGGGGCGCAUAUCUACACCGGAGCAGCGACGUGCCCGCACUGCGGAACGGUCAGUGAGCCCUGUAUCAUCUCGGGCUUUCCCGUCCUGAAGAAGACGCGCGUGGAAUGCACGGUAUGCCAUUCCGCAGCGAAUCGGGACGACUGGAACAUCUGGGUGCAGAUGUUCAAGGAGUGUCCAUGGUGCUCAUCUCCUCAGAACGCGCAGUACUAG